AUGAAGAAUAAUAAAGCUUACAAAUUGUCAGAAUUUCUAACAAGAGAGGAUUCAGUUUCCUAUUUCUCAAAGGAUCAAGACAAUUACCAUGGUGAAGUUUCUGUUUCAAUCCCAUUUACAUGGGAAUCUCAACCAGGAACUCCCAAAAUUUGCUUCAGAGAAAACCCUCUUCCUCCUCUUGCUCCUCCACCUUCUUACUUUUACAAUUCACCUAAAAAAUCUUCCAUUGAAAAGCCAAACCCUAAUAAGUCUAAUCGUUUAGGCACCAUUAUUCCUAAUCGUGUUACGAGAAAAAGUACUCAACUUUCCACAUCACCUUCUUCUUCUUCUUCUUCCUCUUAUUCAUCGAUGUCAUCGUACUCUGUGCCAUCAUCUCCGAAGAGGUCAUCAACGAAUUUUCAAGGACGAUGUGAACAGUCAAGCCCUAGAUUGUCUGCCGAUUCAAGGGCUUUGGGGGAGGAAGAGGAGUAUGAGUCUCAUGUUUCAACUUUGUGUUUUGCUAGAGUACCAAAUUGCAGGUCAAAAGCCGGCUGCUAUUCAUCCAUAAUCAAGGUAUUGCUUAGAGAUUCUUAA